GUACAAGCAAGUGACUACCAUGAAAAGUGAAACUAAUAAGAAAACUGUGAUAUCUGAGAGCCGCAAGGUCCGCAAACCUCUGAUGGAGAAAAAACGGCGCGCCCGCAUCAACGACAGUCUGGAGACCCUCAAACAGAUCCUCCUCGACUCAAAAACCACCCUCAAAGAGUCCUCCGGGAAGAAGAGCGGCCAAAGAACGGCGAAACUCGAAAAAGCCGAUAUUUUGGAAAUGACAGUACGAUACGUCCAACACCUUCGAAGCAAACUCAACCAGAAUGAAACUAAAGCUGAGAGAAAAAAUUGCGAUGCAACUCCGGCGAUCAAAAUGGGAGUUACCCUCAUACCCACGAAAUUAACCAAUGGGGAAAUCGUUUUCGUCAUGCCCUCCAAUCUAAAUUCGCAAAAUUGCCAGGAGUUCGGAACGAAAAUCGCGGAAAAUGUGUGGAGGCCGUGGUGA